GAUUUGUAUGAAAUCUUGUCGGAAAGUGACUGCUUUACCAACGACAAGAUGGUUUUCAAAUACUUCUACAUGGUUUUCUUUUGUUUCAGUAUAUCUCAUGGCUGUGAUGUUCGUGUACCUCGCAGAUGGCCAACAGCAGUACUUCAGGGUCGUGCCGCGUGACAUGAAGGUUCAGGAAGGUGGUGAAGCGAUGAUGGAAUGCGAGGUUGCCAAUUUGGCGGGUCAAGUUCAGUGGACGAAGGAUGGCUUCGCUUUAGGUUUCUCGUCAGUGAUUCCAGGAUUUCCUCGGUAUUCUGUAAUCGGCGACCGACGGCAUGGAGUUUACAACUUGCGAAUUAGCAACGCAUCUUUGGAAGAUGAUGCGGAAUACCAAUGUCAAGUGGGACCUGCGAGGAUGCACAAGGCUAUCAGAGCGAAUGGGAAACUUAGCGUUAUAUCACCUCCUUCCUCGGUAGAAAUCGUGGACCACGCUCAUAACUCGAAAAUAGAAAUAAAGGAAAACCAGGAGUUUCAUCUGGAGUGCCGGGUAAGGCACGCCAAGCCGGCGGCGAAAAUUGUGUGGUACAGAGGAAACGUGGAAAUUAAUAUACCAAAUCGUGAAGACAAUGUUGUCGAAUCGCCACCGCCUCCGACCAGUGUAGCAGGCAAGCCGCAAGAUAGACGAGCUAUUAGAUAUGACACUCACUCUAGGAUAUCCCUAAAGCCAACUGCUGAGGACGAUUACGCGGAAUACAGUUGCGAAGCUCGGCACGAAGCAUUGUCUCCCGAUGUGCCGGUCAGAGCUACAGUACAGUUGAGCGUGUUGUAUCCACCAGGAAUGCCUUAUAUCGAAGGGUACACGGAGGGCGAGACGGUCAGAAGAGGUCAAACAGUUGAACUUGUAUGCAGAAGCAGAGGCGGCAAUCCCCCGGCUCAGCUCAUAUGGUACAAAAACGGUGAACAAAUCAGGAUGGCGUAUAGAACGGCAGGACGAGUAUCAGAAAAUGUGUACACGUUCACAGCUGAUGUCAGCGACAAUAAGGCGAGGUACAAAUGUGAAGCAAGUAAUGUCAUGUCCAAGUCGCCAUUGAAAGCUGAAAUCGAUAUGACCGUAUUGUUCGCGCCAUCGCAUGUAACGAUAUCAGGUCCAACGGAGGCAAGGGUAGGUGAUCCCGUACCGUUGACUUGCACGACAGCAAACUCUAACCCACCAGCAGAAAUCAAAUGGACUGUGGCGGGAAGGCAAGUACGAAACGCGACUUCGAGGACAGUUGUGUCGCCGGAAGGAGGCUGGAUUACCACUUCCAAUAUUACUACAGUUGUAGAACCCAACAGGAGGAGCCUAGUAGUGAUCUGCCAUGGUCUGAAUAUGCAGCUUACUGAAAAUGUCGUCUCGACUCACACCAUCAACGUGCUAUAUCCGCCAAAUCCCCCCGUAAUCCAGGGUUACGUUGCCGGCUCCCACAUACCGGCGGGCACUGUUCAAAAAAUCUCCUGUACGUCAUCCGGAGGGAAUCCUUUGGCGAUACUCACGUGGUACAAGAAUGACAAGAAAAUCCAUUCGACGGUGAAAACCACGGACCGGUCUGUGUCUGCGGAAAUCACAAUUCUGACCAACGUCACUGAUAACGAAGCCAGAUAUAGAUGCGAAGCGGCGAACUCUGCAACUGAAAUACCGCUAUUUGAGACGAUCACAAUGAGUGUAUACUUUCCACCCGACCACGUACAAAUUCGUCAAGAACCUGCGGAACUCAAGCCUGGCGAGGAAGCGACGUUGAUUUGUGACUCUAGCUCUAGCAAUCCACCUGCUAAGCUGUCAUGGUGGCGUGAAGGUAUACCUGUACAAGGAAAAAUGAACGGUACUAAGCCAGGUCUACACGGCGGCAUCAUUUCUACUAUUGAAAUGAAGUUGAAUAUUACUGAAGAUAUGAAUGGUAUCGUUUAUACGUGUCAAGCCACCAACGAAGCAUUGGAGAGAUCAGUGCACGAUUCUGUCACCCUGCAAGUUCUAUACAAACCUGUAUUUAACAAAAAUAACGAAGAAUCAGUAACUGGCUUAGAGAACGAACCUCUCAUUAUCCAACUAAAAGCGGACGGUAACCCAACGAAUAUCGAGUACACGUGGACAAAGGACGGACUACCCAUAACGUCAGAAUCGUCUUCCACCGGGAAUGAAAGAAUAGUUUCUGAUGGGCCCACUCUCAACAUCACACGACUCAGUAGGCAUGACGCCGCCACUUACACUUGCGAGGCUGUCAAUUCUCAAGGAAGCAGUGUUGCGACUGUCAACAUCACCGUUCAAUAUCCUGCUUCCAUAAUCCAGACCAGUGAAAAUGUGGUGGUGAAUCCAAAGGAGGACGCAACCCUGUCAUGCACUGCUGAUGGUAACCCGCUUGCAGAUGACACGAUCACCUGGAAGCGAGACGAUUUUCCAGACUUUGCUGCGCGCACUUCCGUGAUGUACGACAAAAACGGCACGUCGUACUUGCGAGUUUUGGGAGUUAUGAGGGAGGAUUUGGGUGCUUUCACGUGUAUAGCAAAUAACGGAGUUGGGAAUGCGACCUCGAAGGACGUUAUGCUGAUUGUGAAGCACAAACCGGAGAUAGACGACAGUCCGCAAUACAUGAAAUUCGCCAGCGAUGCUGGCAAUACCGGCAAACUGAUUUGCAGGAGCCAGGCAUCGCCAUUGGCGCGUUACACCUGGGCGAGGAACGGCUCUCCGAUCAAUUCUAACACCACCGGCAAAUACUACAGCACGUAUCGCCAAGUCAGUCAACUGGUGUCCGAGUCGACGCUAUGCAUCACCCACGUGACGUCCGCGGACUAUGGCAGCUAUGAAUGCGUCGCCCGGAACGAGCUCGGUUUCUCAACCAUCUCACCCAGACUGGAGAUCACCGCGGUGCCGGAUCCCCCCGCGCAAUUGAGCGUCGUCAAUAUCACUCACGAUGCGGUCACAUUGAUGUGGGUGCCUGGGUUCAAUGGAGGGAUGGAGGCGUCUUAUAGAAUCAGAUAUCGCAAGCCUGAUGAGGAUGUUUACAAGUACGAGGAUGUGCUGCACUCCAACCUUACUGUGCACACAAUUAAAAACCUUGAGAUAGAUACGCAGUAUGUUUUCUCCAUUAUGGCCUCGAACAAGCUUGGAAGUAGCAAAUAUUUGCCUGACCUACUAUCUGCAAAGACAUCAAUGUAUGUUGGUGACCAUCUUCAGAAAGCCAUCCCUGAAGAACUCUUGGAACGGCAAGAUUUGCCUAGAAUUGUUAUUAUCAGCGUCUCCAUCAUUGGCGUCAUUCUUUUGUUUAUCAAUAUCGGGUUAGUCGCUGGAUGCGUACUGAGGAGACGCGCAAAAAGAAUGAGAGAACAAAGCAACCCAACAAACAAGACAGCUACCAUUGAAAUGUACGCGCCAAGCAGUUACAAUGACACUGUGACUGGAGAAACUUUAUCAUCAGUCAGUGAGAAGAGCGAAACUUACAGCAAUGAAGGCAGUAACAAUGACUAUGCGAGCGACUCUAGGAACCAAAUGGGCAACUCGUACCUGCUGGAGCAUCAGCAUCAACCGCCACCCGUUACAGUAGCUGCAGAUUAUCCAGGUGCGUACCCAGUGUACGAGAUGCAGUUGCCUUCGGGUGGUUUGUCGAUGGCCCACAAGACACACACUUUGCCCCAUCCCCACCAUCAUCAUCACCACGCCCACGACCAACGGCCGCGGGCUAGAGACGACCAGAGUCUCGGCUAUCACGGUCAUGGCAUGUCAGGGAAAUCGUCGUACGUGAGUGCGCCAACGCCAACACCCCCAGCAGAUGGUUCCUACUACAACAUGUCGGACCGUUAUCUCUCCUACCCCCCACCACUGGAUUUCCAGACACCGCCUCCCGUGCCUGCUCACCCCCAUAUGGGUCACACCCACGGGGCACCCAUCACUCCGCCCCUCUCGUCCAACGGCUCGCUUUUACGUCACCAGCGGAGCAUAGACCCUCCCCCUGACGUGCUUCACAACACCAGUCAGAACGCACAGAUCCUGCAAGCACAGACACUAGCUCAAAAACGCGAGCUGACCAGCUUCGGCAAUGGUUAUGGCGUGAACGAGCAGGAGGGUCACCUCGUGUGAAAUCCGGCCGAUAUUUUGUACGUUUUGUAAAGAGUAUGUUAGAUAUUUGUUCAUAAUACUUUUAUACUUCGGAUUUGUCUGAAUGUUACAUUCUUCGGGCUCAGCGUAAUAAUGCUUCGAUUGUAUAAUGUUUCGCCGUUCUAUAAAUCAGCAUCAGAUAUGUACAUAAAUUAAUGUUUUCCAUAUUUAUGUCAAUAUAUAGAAUUAUUGAUACGAAGUAAUGCAAUGUUUUGAUGGUAACGUUGUGUCAUGUAAGUAGAGCAUUAUUACACUAGUUAAACUCUAAACUGACUGAAACGCUAGUUGAGACGAUAUGCGAUGUGAGUCCAAUUUCAACUAAGUGUUGCAUAUCAGACUGCUGCAAUCACAGUGACGCAAUACUCGAUCGAUGUGAUGUAUGGAAGGUGAUAUUGUUUUUCUGAAAUAGCUGCUAUAUUUAACUCCUUAAAUUUUCAACUCGAGCACCACAAAUUCAUCAUUACAGAAAGCGUACGUGAUGGUUCAGCUAUUUUUUAGAUUAGGUUUGGUGUCUGUUAAGUUUCCCUCGUUAUCACGUGAAUAGACCAAACUGCUCAUAUUAUAAUAGCCCGGACGGCCAGCCGUUUAUCGAUAAUAAUUUUUUCCUACCUUUUCACUGUGUUGGUCUAUAUCAUGAACCCGGAAACUAGUGUUCAAAACCUAUCUGAAACGACAACUAAAUAAGUCAUAGACUGUUUCGUAUUAUGUUCCGGCCUCGUCUCGUAAAUAGAACAAUUGUAGUACCCCGUUUCCCGGCCAAACCCACGAGCGAAGAAAAGCUGCUCACCACGCCCUUCCACCUUCCUCCUCUCCGGCCGCUGGCUAACAAACGCUCAUUCCUUAUUCUCGUACCACAUUUUCGGGGGGAAGGUGGAAGGGCGUGGUUUGGCCGGAAACGGGGUACUACAAUUGUUCUAUUUACUUCGUCGAAGCCUUCACGUAAUUAAGAUCGAACAUUACUUACAUGCUGUCAUUCACAUCGUUAUAAUGAUGAAUAAAUCUAGUGCUAUAUCGUAUUUACUACCUGUACCAAUUUCUGAACCAACGGAAAUGCUAAGCAUACAUCGAAGAACAAACUAUUAAUAAAUAAAUAACUUCUUUUUACACAUCGAGUGUAUUUGUCCAUUAUCUCUGCACAUAUUAACUUUAUUAGUUGUGGAAGUUUGUUGGUUGAAAAUUUAUGGUGUAAGGCUAUAUUCAGUUAUUCUACAGGGUAUCCUUGAUUUGUGCUGACAUUGUAAAAGUCUAUCCACCAUACGAUAAGCCAUUUUGUUACCCAAAGUACAUUUUGAUACAUGUCUAGGCAAGGUAAAUGAAACAUUUUUCCAUGAGGAACUAAUUUUGGUAAUCGGAGUUUCUUGAUGUACUUGUGGAAUGGCGUGUUGGUGAAGGUAUCUGCCACUCCACAAUGUAGGAAUGGCCUAAACGUAUGAGGGCUAAUUUAGAAGAAUUUUUGAGUUCAUAAGUGAGACUGAGUAUAAUGUUUUGUUGAAUUCUUAGAGGCGCUGUUUUAUUUCAUAAUAUGUGGAGGAAACUAAGAAGUAAUGGAUUUAUAUAGCGGGAAUCUGGUAUUUAUACUAUGUUGCAGUAUUGACCGUAACAUGAUUAUCCAUAUCUAAUGAUAUGUAAAAAAAUGACUGUUUUACCAAAUAGAGAGAUUGUAUAUUUGAUUUUCUUCAAUAUGUUUAUUUUCGGUCGUUGUUAUAUACUAUUGAUGUAUAAGAAUUCUUGUUUUGCGUUUGGAUAAGAGGAGAUAAUUUAUUCGUUUCGCACUUUUGUUUGUAAUUUAAGUCCGUUUUCAGCAAAAUGGCUGGAAAUAUUGUUGCUGAUAAUCAGUUGUAGAUAAUCGACUAUUGAUGUGAUUUCAACCUAUGCGAAUAACCAUUAUUUGAUGUUACACUAUAUUUUCUUACUGCCUUGUAAAUCUUCAUUUUUUUGAGAAUGUACAUAUGUUUUUUGUUAACUGAAAGAUUUACAUUUUAUUGUAUAUAAAAACUAGAUGUAAGGUAUUAUUUAAUCAAAAACCUAAUUUACUAGUCCAGUUUAUCAACCAAAGUGUUUCUUUUCUAAAACCUCUUUUCAUUUGCUUAUUUUUUCUUGCCACACCUUACCUGAUAUUGAUUUCUUGUCUCAUAUUAUCUUUAUUUGAUUAAUGAUAUUAUUAGAAUCGUGUACAUUACAAGUUUGUAUCAGUUUUGAUUAAGGAAUAAACAUUUCAAGUUUUA